UCUCUCGUUCCGAAAAGUCGUCGGCGUCAUGUCGUCCAGCAUCGAGCUUAUCAACCCGAAAGCGGAGAGCGUGCGGCGAGCAGCGGCGCUGCAGGUCAACACGACCGGCGCGAUGGGUCUCGCGAACGUCGUGAAAGGCAAUCUUGGUCCUCGAGGGACUCUUAAGAUGCUCGUGGAUGGCGCAGGUCAGAUCAAGAUGACGAAGGACGGAAAGGUGCUCCUCUCCGAGAUGCAAAUCCAAAACCCCACCGCGGCUAUGAUCGCGCGGACUGCGGUCGCUCAGGAUGACCAGGUCGGCGAUGGAACUACAUCUGUUGUUCUGUUGGUCGGAGAGCUGCUUAAGCAAGCCGACCGGUACAUCUCAGAGGGUGUACAUCCAACUGUCAUUGCAGCAGGUUUUGACUUAGCUAAGAAGGAGGCUCUUGCGUUCUUGGAGACGUUCAAACGGCCAUCGAAAGUGGACCGCGCGACCUUGAUCAACGUAGCUCACACUUCGCUUGCAACGAAGGUCAACUCCGCUCUCGCGAAAACCCUUGCAGCCGCAGUUGUAGACGCGGUUUUGACGAUCCGCCCUCCUCCCCCAUCGCCUGAUUCUUCGAGCCAAUUCCAGGAGCCGAUCGACUUGCACAUGAUAGAGAUUAUGAAGAUGCAGCACAGAACUGCAUCAGAAACUCAGCUCGUUCGUGGCCUGGUCUUGGACCACGGUGCGCGGCAUCCCGACAUGCCCAAACGCGUGGAGAAUGCCUAUAUCCUCACCCUCAACGUCAGCUUGGAGUACGAAAAGACCGAGGUGAACUCCGGCUUCUUCUACUCUUCCACUGAGCAGCGAGAAAAGCUCGUCGAGUCGGAGCGGCGGUUCACGGACGCGAAGUGCAAGAAGAUCGUCGAGCUGAAGAACCUUGUGUGCGACCAGGCCGUCGACUCCAAUGAGAAAAAGAAAAACUUUGUCGUCAUCAACCAAAAGGGUAUUGACCCGCUCAGUCUUGAUAUUCUCGCUAAGAACGGCAUAUUUGCUCUCCGGCGAGCCAAGCGGCGCAACAUGGAGCGGCUGCAACUCGUCUGCGGUGGAAACGCCCAGAACUCAGUUGAUGAUCUCACGCCCGAUGACCUUGGCUGGGCAGGCCUCGUUUACGAGCACACCCUGGGUGAGGACAAAUUCACCUUCGUUGAGGACGUCAAGGACCCGAAGUCCGUUACCCUCCUCAUCAAGGGCCCGAACCCGCACACGAUCCAGCAGACGCAGGAUGCGCUCCGCGACGGGCUCCGUGCGGUCAAGAAUGCGAUCGAGGACGGUGCGCUCAUUCCCGGUGCGGGCGCAUUUGAGGUUGCGUGUGCGGCGCACUUGACGGGCCCCGUCAAGAAGGCGGCUAAGGGGCGCGCGAAGAUGGGUGUGCAGGCGUUCGCGGAGGCACUGCUCAUUAUUCCGAAGACGCUGGCGGCGAACGGUGGGUUUGACGUGCAGGACGUGGUUGUCGCACUGCAGGAGGAGCAAGCAGAAGGCAACGCCGUCGGGCUUGACUUGCAAUCCGGAGAGCCCAUCGACCCUACCGUCGAGGGCAUCUGGGACAAUUAUCGAGUUAAGCGACAGAUGCUGCACUCCUGCUCGGUAUUGCCGUCAACUGCUGUCGACAGACGAGAUUUUGCGUGCGGGCGUAGUUCAUUGAAACCAGAAGGCCAGCAGUAGACUCAUCACACAUGUAUAUCACAACAACUUUUGCUCGCUAAUCUGAAACCUGUUACACGGGGU